AUGGUCAAGGUCGGAGAUUCCAUCCCAACUGUCGAGCUCGCCGAGGGCAACCCAGGCCAAAAGGUCAACAUUGCUGCCGAGAUUGGUGAAGGUUCUGGUAUCAUCAUUGGUGUUCCAGCAGCUUUCAGUCCAACAUGCUCUGAUUCUCACGUUCCUGGUUAUAUCCUUCACCCAAAGCUUGAGUCCGCUGGAAAGGUCUUUGUUGUAUCCGUCAACGAUGCUUUCGUCAUGAACGCAUGGGGUAAAUCUCUUGACGCAGACAAGAAGAGUGGUAUCCGUUUCCUUGGUGACCAAGAUGGAAGCUUCACUCGUGCUUGGGAUCUUGAAUUCCCAGCUGCUCCAUUAUUGGGCACAAACCGAAGCAAGAGAUACGCAAUCGUUAUCGAGGGUGGUAAAGUCAAGAGUGUCAACAUUGAGCCAGAUAACAUUGGACACACUGUCUCCGGCGCUGAUAAGAUUCUUGGAGAGUAA